UCGAGCAGAAUGUUCAAGCUAGCGGUGUGGCUGCCUAUUCUGGGUUUAAUAAUUUCAAUUGCGGCACAAGCACAGGCAGAAGGAUAUUAUACCGUAACUGCACCGGGCACUAUAAGACCCAAUGCAAAAUAUAGUGUGUAUGUGAGUGUAUCAGAUAUUUCCGUUGAUGCGCAAAUUGUUCUCUCCCUUCAAGGACCAAAAUAUCAGAAGUAUACUGAGCUUAUAAUACCACCUAAUUCAGGACAAAAUGUCACAUUUGAAAUAAGAGAUAUUCCCAGGGUUGCAUAUUCACUGCAAGUUCAAGGAUUGUCUGGUAUAAUUUUUGAAAAUUACGUAAAUCUUGAGUUUGCCGACAAUCCACCAGCGGUAUAUAUACAAACUGAUAAAGCCACCUACAGACAAGGAGAUACCAUACAAUUUCGUGCAAUAUUCUUGGAUCAGUAUUUGUUGCCAGUAAAGGUCAACCAACCGAUUUCUGUUCUCAUAAAAAACCCGCAAAAUUUUAUAAGUGAACGUUUCGAUGAUGUUACUUUGGAUGUCGGUGUAUUCAAGGCAAGUUCAAGAAUACCUAACUACGUCAGCACGGGUGAAUGGUCUAUUGAAGUUUGUUUGGGAAACGAUGUUUUGAAGAACAAGGUUAUCAAUGUGAUAGAUACGAGCCCACCACCAUUUGAUAUGGACUUGGACGUGCCGCGUUUUGUGUGUUUUCGAGACAUAGAAUUAGUUGUAACCGUGCGCGCGCGUUACUCCCAUAAACAGCCAAUAACUGGACGUUGUUUAAUCACCAUAACUCCACAAGGGCGACAACCACAACGGAGGAAUGAAUCUUUGACGAAUGGCAUUAAAGAGAUAACAAUUCCUAUAAGAAGACUAGGCAGAAAUGUAAAAAGUGUUUUAAUACACGCCAGAAUUGAAGAUUAUUUUAACCCGAUCUCAUAUAGUGUUUCCAAAACAGUGCAGAUUGUGCCAAAUCUUUAUGUAAUCGAAACUCCAUCGAUAACCUACGAGUGUUUUCAGCCAAAUGACGUAUUCUUAUACAGUGCACAUAUACACAAUUUUAAUGGCGAUCCCAUUGAUGUUGACGACGAUGUCAUUGUACACUUUGAAACCACUUUUAAUGCCUGGAAAAACGUUACAAAUGUCGAUGACAAUGGUUAUGUCAAUUUGCAUAUUAAUUGCUCUAACCUCAAUGCUAUAAAUCUUACUAUUCGAUAUGAAGGCAUGAAAAGUGUUGGCGUAAUUAGUUUUAAGCAGUGGAGCGAUAUUGGGAAGGAAGGAUUGUACGUUACUACGAAAAAUCCGAAGGUAGGCGACUCGAUGGAUAUGCGUCUAAUAUCGACCCAAUACUUUACGAGCUUCGCCUGCGUGAUUGUCGGACGCGGUAAUAUUGUGUAUAACAACAUGGUUAGCAUACCGAAUGGUGGCGGAGUCAAGGCCCAUACCUUCUCUAUAAUACCAACAUAUGAAAUGUUGCCGGAAGCGCACAUCUUCGUUUAUUUCUUUAAAAAUGGCAAAUUGAUAUAUUACGAAAGCACAAUUAAAGUGGAAAACCAAUUUCGAAAUACGAUUACUAUCGAAUCGCCAGUCAACAUUAAACCGGGCACAUUUGUUUCUUUAAAUGUCGAUACCGAAGCAAACUCUUUUAUUGGUCUAUUGGGUAUGGAACUAGAUGCCUUUAUGCUGAAACCACAAAAUGAUUUGGAGGCCAUCGAAAUCUUUGAUGGUUUAUUGAAUGCAAAAUCGCGCACCCCAGCCGCUUACAUCAACCCAAAGACCCCUUAUCCAGGCGAAAACGCUGGUCUUGUAACAAUGACUAAUGCAGACUAUAUUUCAGGAUUCAAAGCAAUUGCAAAGGAGAAGCGUUUAAGUUCCAAGCCACUGCUGCCUCAUACUUACUUUGAAAACUUGGUGUUUGCCGAUAUAGUGAGUGUUGACGGUCAUGAGGAAAUGAUGGCAAAAAUACCCUAUUCAUAUAAAUCAUGGGCGAUAACAGGUUUCGCGAUUAGCCCAAAAACUGGGUUUACUUUGGCACGUCCGAAGGUGAUUAGAACCCUGAAAGGACUGCAUGUCGAUAUUGAAUUGCCAUAUUAUGUAAAAAGAAAAAGCUUGACUAAGUUGCAAGUUGUGGUUUCCAAUUAUUUAAAUGCUGAUACGAAAAUCAACGUGAGCAUGGAAUCAGAGAAUGGGGAAUUUGAGUUUAUCAAAGGAAGUGGGAAUAGUAAGUACACAAUACGUACGGAUGUUAUUCGUCCUGGGAAGUCUAAAACUUUAUACUUUCGCAUCCACCCAAAUGUGAGUGGUUUGGUGAAAGUAAAAGUGACGGCGAAGAAUCCUAUCGCUAGCGCGGUAUGCGUUAAAAAGAUGCGCGUUGAAAAGUAGUUGUCAACAUGGGUGUUUUUAAAAUUAAAAAGAAACAUGUUCGAAAUAGUUUUAAUAAAAUAAUACAACUUAUUUA